GAAGCCGCAGCGGCUGCGGGGCGAGGCCGGGGCGGGGGGAGGGGGGCGGACGGGCGGACAGGCGUCCCUCCAUGGCGCCGGCCGGACUUGUGGUGGUGGCUGCCUCCUUCGCCGCGUUCCGGGGGCUGCACCAGGGUCUCAAGCUGUUGCCCACCCCGCGUCUCGCCGACACCCAAGACCGCUGGACGUGGAGAAACAUCUGUGCCUCCCUCGUACACAGCCUGCUGGCCGGGGCCGGGGCGCUGCUCUGGAUGUACCAGCACUCACAUCUGAUCUCGGAUUUCACCCACAGCUGCCCCCCCAGGACUGACUCUCUGGUCUCUCUGUCCAUCGGUUAUUUCUUGGCAGAUGGGGUGGAUAUUCUAUGGAAUCAAACAUUUGGCCGGUCGUGGCACCUGCUCUGUCACCACGCAAUGGCGGUGAGCUGCCUGGGUGUGGCUGUGCUGCCUGGCCGAUGCUUGAGUGUCUCAGUGGUACCUCUGCUUUUGGAGGUAAACUCGGCCUGCCUGCACAUCCGAACGCUGCUCCUGCUCUCCUGCCAAACCUCUACUCUGGUCUUCCGCCUGGCCUGCUGGGCCACGCUGGCCACCCUGCUGGUGUUCCGCCUCCUGCCCCUGGGAUGGAUGAGCCUGCAGCUGCUGCAGCAACAUCAUCACUUCCCCCUCACCUUCAGUGUCCUCUGGGGAGUUGGGCUGUUCACCAUCACCAUCAUGAGCAUUGUGUUAGUCAUCGAUCUUCUGGUCGAAUGGCCUGUGGACCCAGGCCCCACCCUCCUCCUCCAGAAAGAAGAAGGCCAAAAGCAGCUGGGAAUGUGGGAGUGAUGAUUGUGUCAGGCUUCCAUACAGAGAAGAUGCCUCUCCCAAGUGACAGGAUUAGGUUGGGCCCUCCUGGAAGCUCCAGGACCAUGAGGCUGGGGUCAGGAAGGAGGGUGGUUUUUAAUUCUCUGGACCCUAGAAUGUACCAGGCUCCGUUUGCUUCCUUGGUCCAGGAGUACUGGAAGCAGGACCCCUGACACUCAGCCCCAUACUCCUGGGAUGAGAACCUAAGUACUGGUAGUAACAGUUGAAGUGGGAACAUUAACUAGCAUUCAUUACUUUUCACGAGACAAUUAUUUUCCCCAGUGGUCUAACUAGGGAGCUGUGGGCAGGGCCUUUCUAGAAGCUGGGCAGGCAGAUGGAUGGAUGCAGAAAGGGUCAGGCCUGUUGAAACUGCCUGAGUAAACGGGGCCUCUUCCCCUUCAGCAGCAGUCUGGGGAGAAGGUCACUCCAGAGUCAGGCCCACCCAUUACAGAAACAUGGCAAUGGACGGUGAUCCCUUCUUACUGUCUGCAACCAAUGGGAAUAGCCAGCAGUCAGGUGAUCUCGAUGCACGUGAAGGGUGAACACCGGGGACCCCACUUAGAUUUUUGGGGUGUUGGUUUGUUGUCUUCAGCUGCACUGAUAAUUGUUGGCCCCUAACCCUGACUGUUUCACCCACCAUCCCUCCAUCCCUGGCCUCUUUAAAGAAAGUACAGGAACACUGAGUCUGGAGCCAGUCUUUCUUCUUGUAACCUGGGCCAUGAAAGAAGGUAGGACCACUCAGAGGCCACUCAGAGUCCAAGGGCAGGGAAACGCAUUUGGAUUCAGCCCUCUAGGUCCUCAAGUGCGGCCCUCGGACUGAAGAGCUUGCAUUUGGUCUGAGAGCCGCACUUGAGGACCUAGAGGGCCACCUGUGACCCCUGCCCCAGACCCAUGCUUCAAUUUGUGAAGGGUGAGGAUCCAGGUAGAGAAGCAGGGGAGAGGAGGAGCCCUUGGAACUCAAGAAGGUUAAGGAACAUUUCUUGCUCUCUCAGCUUCUGUAGGAGGCUAUCCUUGGUACAUAUUUUCAGUGACCUCACUUUCACUAGGCCAUUUUCCUCCAGGAAGAUUUCCUAGCUUAUAGGAAAUUUAGGCAGAUUUCAGUCACUCCUCUGCUCCAACAGAAAGGGACAGCCCUCACCCUCGAUCGCGAUAGAACAGAAGGGACAGAAAGCUAGAUAAAGAGGGAGCAAGAUAGUGGGGGAAAGACAAAGGGAGUAAAAGAGACAUACACAUAGACGGACGGGAAGGAAGUGAGAAAGAGAUACUACAUCGGGGUGACCAACAGAAAGAGGGAAAGAGAGGGAGAGAAAGAGAAAAACUGAUUGCCUGAAACAGGAACGGAGAUAGAGACAGUCCCAGAUACGAAGAGGGACACGGUCACAGAGAGACCAAAAUGGGGAAAUGGGCAUAGACAAGGAGGGAUAGAGACAGACAAAAAGAGGGAGACAAAAACAACAAACGACAGAGAAGAAGGCAGAAAUAGACAGUGACCGAGGGAGGCAGAGGUGAGGAGAGAGGUGGAAGAUGAGAGAUAAGGGGCAUCUGAAGAGAACGGACAGAAACAAGGGCAGCAUGGCAAAGGGGAGAAAUAGGAGAAGAGACAUGGACAGAAACAGGAAAAAAGGUUGAUAGAUUAUGAAGGACCAAACUAUAGUUAGGAUAGGAGAAAGAUGUUUGGACAAACACGACAUGUUUUGUUGGGGGGUUUUUUUGUUUGUUUGUUUGUUUUGUUUUUUGGCAAAGCAAUCGGGGUUAAGUAACU